AUGUCUAUCCGCUUUAUUCUAGCCCUCGCUACCCUAAAUUUUCUUCCGGCUCUUGUCAAGUCGGACACAUGUUCCACGAUAGCCAAUUUGACGGACUUUGAGAUCGAAUAUCCGCUGUCAGUGGACUACGACUAUGACCAAACGCAGUAUUGGUCGACCGGGUGCACCAAUCUAAAGCCAUCAUGUAUCCUUUCACCAACUACCUCAGACGAAUAUUUUGCAAGCAUCAGUAGGGGCCCGCUCAUCUCGACAAGAAAGAUGGACGAAGUGACGUAUGAUCCCUCAUCAAGCACUGUUCGCGUCGGACCUGGCAACCGUUGGGAGAAUGUUCAAUCGACGUUGAACGAUGCAGGUGUGACUGUAGUUGGAGGCCGCAUUGGGAAUGUUGGGGUAGGCGGAUACAUGCUUGGAGGUGGUCUCAGUUUCUUGAGCGCUGAGUACGGUUGGGCUGCUAACAAUGUGGUCGAGUUCGAACUUGUUCUGGCUAAUGCGACCAUAAUCACUGUCUCUUCCACUUCUCACUCUGACUUAUUCAAGGCACUUAAAGGGGGAGGAAACAGCUAUGGCAUCGUAACGUCGUACACCUUAAAAGCUCAUCCCAUCGGUCAAAUAUGGGGCGGAAACCUCGUCUUCACACCCAACAAGACCGACCAACUUCUUUCCGCACUGCGAGACUUCACGGAAUACUAUCCAGACGAGAAAGCAGGCAUCAUCAUGACCACCGAACUAGCUUUGCUCGGAGCCGUAGACCUCUGGAUCAUGUUUCUCUUCUACGACGGCCCGGCCCCACCCCCAGGAGUAUUCGACAACUUCACCGACAUCGGCCCCAUCGUUAAUAGCUGCAAGACUCAAAGCUAUGCCGACCUUCUCACGGGAAACGAUUGGUCCGUUGUCCGCGGCUCUGCAUACACCAUCACUACCGAGACCACGCCUCUCCCCAACGUCAGCAUUGGAUUGGAUGUUCUGGGUGCGUACUACGAUCACUGGCGCAACACCACGGAAUCCGUCAUCGCCGUGCCCGGCCUCAUAGGCUCCAUGGCGUUCCAGCCUAUGCCCAAGGGGAUCGCUCGAAAAGCCAAGGAACAAGGCGGCGAUCUCAUUGACCUCGACGACGACGUCGACAGGAUCGUGAUUGAAUUCGAUUUCUCGUACUACUUCGCGACCGACGAUGCGACCGUGGAUAAUGCGACCCAGAGGCUGUAUGGCGGGAUCAGAGAGAGGGUGUUGGGGUUCCAGGAGGAUGGGAAGCUGCCGGAGGCGUACUUGCCGCUCUUUAUGAACGAUGGGUAUUUCAGGCAAGAUUACUUUGGGAGACUCAGGACGGCGGGCUUUGCGAGGAGGGUGAGGGAUCAAUAUGAUCCCGAUUUGUUCUUUGCGGAGAGAACGGGGGGGUUUAAGAUGUGAGUCCUGCUCCGAACAAGUUUCAGAGGGUCGUUUCGAAGCCGAUGGUAAUAUGUAAUUUCUGUGGAGCUCUCCCCGGCUAGACUAGUGAUGGGCGAAACAUUUCACAUGCAUCAACUUUCAAUUAGCCAUGCAAACGUAGCACCUCAGUUCACAGUCACGAAAGACGGCGACAACGACCGCGAAAAGCAAGAGACGAGGACAUGAGCUCGUUAUUGCGUAGAGCCUAACGACAGCGAAAAGCAAGAGAAGAAGACAUAAACG